CAACCUUCGCCAAACUUUUGAGAAAACUCCAUCACAAAUGAGCGUUUUUGCGGCGUAAAGACGACAAGGCCCCUCCGUGCUGCAGCUGUGGCGUCCCCGUGUUCGGGGUGAAACCCAGCUCCCGGCUCUGCGAGGGAAGAGGGCGCCGCAGCCCCGGGCUGUCAGCGUGCGCCGGCCGGCCGGGCAAGGGGCUGCCGGGCCCCGUACCGCGCCGGGAGCCCGACCCUGCGCAGCAGCCGGCGGCCGCCCGCCCGCGGUGCACCGGGGCCCUGCCGCGCCCUGCCCGGCCCUGCUCUGCCCUGCCCUGCCCGGCGCCCAGGGCCCUGCCCGGCCCGGCUCUGCCCGGCCCGGCCCUGCUCUGCUCGCCGCCCAGGGCCCGGCCGCCGGCGGCUGCGCGCGCCUCUCCCCUUCCUCCUCCUCCUCCUCCUGGCGGCCGCUGACCCCCGCAGGGAUGGAGGCCAUCGAGGAGCUGGCGCUCAAACCCUGCACCUCCUCCCUCUACCUGCGGCCUUUCCGCCUCUGUUACCGGCAGAAUGGCACUAAGAAGUUUUGGGAUUUUAUGAGGACACACGACAGUGUGUCAAUCCUGAUCUUUAAUACUUCUCGGCAGUGCUUUGUUGUAGUGAAGCAGUUCCGCCCAGCUGUUUACAUGUGUGAAGUAGAAAGGCAGCAUCCUGAAGUCUUUCAGAAUCAGGACAAGGAGAGCUUCUCUCGUCUAGAGGAACCCUUACCUGCCUUGGUCGGAGUGACCUAUGAACUCUGUGCUGGCAUCGUAGAUAAACCAGACCUUUCUUUAGAAGAAAUUGCCUGUGGGGAAGUCUUAGAAGAGUGUGGCUAUCGUGUUCCUGUUACAGACCUACGGAGGAUCACUUCUUACAGGUCUGGAGUUGGUGUCACAGGUUCUAGGCAGACGUUAUUUUAUGCAGAAGUAACAGACCAGAUGAGAACUGGUGAAGGAGGUGGCCAGCCUGAAGAAGGAGAGCUGAUUGAAGUUGUAGAAAUACCUUUAGAAGACUCAAUGAAGUUUGCUUAUGAUGAGACUCUCCCAAAGACAAUGGGUGUUAUCUUCAGCUUCAUGUGGUUCCAAAACAACAUAGCACCCAAGCUACCAAAAAAAUAAAAUCAAAGUACCACGGUUUUAAGAAAAGCUUGCCUGCUCGUUCUGUGGAUACAGAAAAUUGCAAACCUUCCUGCCUUGAUCGACUCAACUUUUCACAGAGCAAAUCUUUCUUGAAAUAAAUCUGGAAGUAAAGUCUGAAUUAAAAUCCUGACCUAAUUUCCAUCAUUAGCAAAACACUUACUGGCUUCACAGGGGCCAGGAUUUGCCCCUGAGAGGCAAAUGUUGAUUUCUGCACAAAGGCUAAGUAAAUGUGUCCACUUGUCUCUUUUCAUGGCACUGCUCUACCACUAUUUUGAAGAGUUGCUCAAGACCUCAGUGCAGCUGCCAGACGAGCCUGUCACUGUGGUCUGUAUGUGCUGGCAGCUGUGUGUUCUCUGUGGAUUCUGAUAUUUGGGGGGUGGGAAGGCAGCAAACCUUAAUAGUCACAGAUAUCCUAACUAUGUUCCUGGGUUCUGCACAGCUUUCAGGGAGCAGCUUUCUCUGUGGUGCGCAGCUCCUGUACAGAGAACACGUUUGCAUUUCUGAACAUGCAGACCUUUAUUUCAUAAGCAAACCUGUCUGAAAACCCUUCUGCUAAUGUGUCAUUUUGACAAUAGACCAGCUGUAAGAUUAUGUGCUUCUGUUUGUUCCCACUAUAAUGCUGAGCAGCAGUGAUGGUGAUAGAGGGAUGAAUGAUGGGGGCUUCUACUGGAACACAUGCUUCUUUGUUUGUUUUAUGGGUAAUACUUGAUUAAUUAGAUCAAACUUUGUCCUCUGGAGUGGGACUUGAGGGGCUGAAUUCUUUUAAUUUGACUCUGAGGUGACUAAUAGAAGUGAUUUCUCUGAGGUGUUCUGUGGUCUGUUUCCUUAUCACCCAAGUGGGAAAAAUGGGACUUACCCCUCAAAUAACACUCCCUGCAAUCUAAUGAUUGGAAGUGCUUUAUUGAGAUUCUAUCAUCAUUUGUGCAUUUUCCAUUGAAGCCUGUGCAACCUGCACAGACGUACUGAGCAACACAAUUUGAUUUAAUAAAGUGGUCUAAUUAGAACUUCCAUUACUUGUUCUGUCUGCAUACUUUAGAUGUGGACUGUUUGUCAUGUGAAACUGUUAAAAGCAUGAAUGACAGAGAAUCAAGCCUGGCAAUUUAAUUACACACUGGUUUAUGUUAUUUACUGUCUUAAUUAACAUGCCUACAUUAUAUGUGCUUCUAGGCUUACUAAGGUGCUAAGUAUGUUUGGAAGAUGAGGACUGCGAAUGUGCAGACUUUCAUAUAGCAACUGGAAUAAAUGCAGUACAGAUGCCUGAUGGUAUCCAGUGGCUGACUUAAAAUCACUGCAUAUCUAAAGAGGUGUAUAAAUAAAUACUUUUUUUUAAAAAGGCUUUUAGAACUGGUACUUCCUACUGUUGGAGGGAAAAGGUCUUGGAAAGCCACCGGAGAAAGAACAGCCUUCGUCUGCAGGGGUCGGACACCUUUUGUGAAAGUUCAAACCCAUUUACGUUGGACUGUGCCUGGUCUGGGGUGAGUCAAGGGCUGAGUUAUGAAAAGCAAAUUAAUUCUGUCUGUCUGUUGUAUAUACAUUGGAAGGUAGUUUAGGGUGGGGUCCCCACUGCUCUGCAUCUUUAUGGUGACUAGUGCAAUGUGUCCUGAUUGCUGCUAAGGCCUUUAUGAACUAUUAUAAUAAAUUAUGUCUUUUAUUCCA